GCUCUUUGUACCUUGAAAGAGUGAAAACAUACACACUGGCAAAUUGGGCCGGUUAUCCCUCAAGUCUAUCGCCCUUAGAAGCAGCGCGAUGGGGCUGGGUGAACGUUGGCUUGGACAUGAUCAAAUGCAAAACAUGCAGCCAACUACUCUGUUUUUCAAUCACCAAAGGCACUAAAUCGAUCGAAGCCGUGAGUGAAGUAUACGCUGUGUACAUUAAGCGGUUGAAUGAGGGUCACAACAGCGCCUGUUUCUGGAGGAACAAUCCGUGCCCAAAGUCCCUGGCGACAAUCACGCUCAGAAAUCGACCAGAAGAAACACGCCGCUUCGCUCAACGGGCACGCACAAUUCAGCAUCUCCUGGGUUCAAAUGACUAUGACUUGCCACCUGGUGUCGAAGAAACACUAUUGGCUGAUGCCAACGAACAGACGAGCGUCAUUGCAGAGCUGAGCGCCUUCCUUCGCACUCACUCGACACCGCAUGCGUCUUCAGGUAGUCAGGUAGUUGUGGUCAAUACGGCUGCUACUGAUACACCUCCAGCCAAUAUCGUCACGAGGCCAGUCCACACCGAAAAUUCAGCAGAGCUCACUAGUACACCUGCGACUACCGAUAGCGCCCAAGCUAUCACUGAUAAAUCACCAGCCAUCCCUGGUACAGCAUCGGUUGCAACGGCCAUGACGCCAGCGAAUUCAAAUUCCAACGCUACACCAGCCCUUUCUAACGCCACAGAACGAACCAGCGCUCUGGUCACAGCGUCUGUUUUACCUGCGAACGCACAAGGGAAAGUCCCGUCAACAUCAUCGGCCAACAAAGUGAUGGUACAGAACAGCGCAAUUUCAAUGUCCGUACCCGAAGCUGGAGUUACCACAAGUUCACAAACAUCAAAUGUAAGCGUACGCGAGACGUUGCAAUCUACGACCCCCUUAGUGCUUGCGUUGGCCAUUGCUGGGUGGGAGUCCGAUGCAGGAUCGUCCGAGAACAAUGCUGGAUUGGUAUGCCGCUAUUGUCAACGAACGUUAGCCAUUCCGGUGAGGCCGAAUACCAAUUUACAGAUCGAUUCGGCCGGGCCUGCUGUGAGCUCAGGAGUCAAGUCUGCUGCCACGGGCAUUGUACAGACCAAAAGUAUAGAGAAUGCAGCAGUCGACCCAAUAAAUGAUAUAGUAGGAAUGCAGGAUACUUACAAGAGGCGCAGGCUGUCCGAUACGACGGAAGACUGUCGCAGAGUUUUUGUGGACCCAAUUUAUGCACACCGAACGUUCUGUCCGUGGGUGCAGCCAGUCGCAAGUGCAGCCGAUCAGCUGGAGCGAACAUUGAACACCGGUUGGCGGGUAUACAGAGACUUUCUUCUCCACUUGAGAGGCUCGCCGAAUGGAGCGGACGGAGAAUCCUCACCGUCACGAGCACAAAUAUCAGAGCACAAUGCGCCAGCAACAGAUUUGUGUGCCAGGCAAGCGGCAGAGAGGGUGCUGAAGUUCAUCCACGGCGUAGCCGUAGCCGGCAAGAGGGCAGUUGUCGCGCCUGUCAAAAUGUCAUGACUGAAACGUGUGUCAGAUUGUGAUAUGCGCCAGUCGCCCAAAUAUGUCAACCAAAAUCGGUUCUAGCCUGAGCCUACGAAAACCUCGGGUCGAGGGAAGGACAAGUAUGUUUCCUAAGUCGCCAACGAUAUGUAGUUACAUCUGAAAGCGUUGCGUUGCGAUGUACGACCUGGUACAGUAGAGAAUAGUUAACGUACGGCACCGUACCAUAUUUAUAUGCCGGAAGGCAUCGACCCCUCGACUAAGCCCCUUUGAUAGUAUGUGAUAUUCAGCCGAACUAUGGGACCCAUCGUGCGCUGUCGCGUUCUACUACCGGCUACAGCCCUGCAUGAUAACUUAGAAGGAAUGCUGGAACGUCUGUGUAGUAGGAGUAUAGUCAGGAAGUUCUUUGCUCUCCCUACGAAAUGUAAAACUUGUAAUCGCAAAAAGUACAGAUGUAAAUGGAUAAAAUUUAGAAUAAAACAGACUGCCAACAC